AUUUAAAACGAUGAUCGUUCCGAUCAAGUCCUCGUCGACUAGCCAGAGCCGCGGCUCCGAGCUGCUCAGCCGGAUCCCGUACAGGUGGUGAUGAUGACGAUCUGGAUGAUCAUGUGAAAUAGCUAGAUUUUGCUCUUGCAAGGAUACAGACAGCAGCAGCUGCAGUGACUGGACUUGCUUGAAUUUAUCAGGAUCAGUGGGCUGGUCGAACAUUAGGUAUGGCUCAGUGCAAGCUAACACCGCGGGAGUUCAUUAUCAAUGCUUUCUCGCCGCAAGUGGCUGCUGUUUGCUCGGCUUACGCCGAGGCAACCUGCCAGAAGAACAAUUUGUCGUUCAUUGAGCUUCUGCAACCCUUUUGCAGGCUCAAUACUGAAGGUCAUAUAAAAGAUCCCCAAGGAACAACUGUAGUUAUUCGCUCUUUGCAAAUAUCUAUCAAAGAUGUCAACUAUUCUCCUCCAGAACCAAAUAUAGCUAGAAAAAUGUUAAAUGAAUCUGUGAAUUCUACUUUUAAUGAGCGUACCACUAUAGUUCGUACAGGAAGCAUAGAUCUAGAUGUACCAGUGUCAGUUCCUUGGUUUGAAGCAUGGCGGGAUACUUUUCUAAGCAUUCAAUUCCCAUCAGAUCACGAGUUUACAAAACAUUUUCUAGCUUGUAUGAUUGUAGUCUCAACAAUGGACGAUAAUCCUCUUGAAAAGAUUCAACAAAUAGGAGCUCAAUUAAAUCUGAGUGUUCCUGGAAAAUUACCAAAGUGGUUUAAUAACAAUGCUCUUAGAUAUUAUAUUUUAGUACACGAUACAAUACAGGAUGACAAGAAGAAAGCGGAGGAUAUUUUUACAGAAAUGAAAAAUAUAUAUGGCCCUAAUAACUGCUUUUUUCUACAAAUGAAUUCAAGACCAUUUAGUGGGUCGGAUGACAAUACUCACCUACCAGAUCCCUGGAGUCAAUUUAUAGUCAAACACUCUGAUUUGUCCAGUAAUAGUGAUCAAGACAGUUCUCCACGUACACCUGCAGAUACUAUGGGUGUGUCUUCUAUGCCAAGUGCAGUAAACACAGAGCAAGAAAAAUCAACUAGUCAAGCUGGAACACCUGUUGCACCCCGAAAUUUUGCACUGCUUACCCCAGAUAAAAGUGAAAAUAUUAGUCUUUCUUCAGAAUUGUCAGAUUCACAAAUAGUACAUCUGGAAGUUGGUCAGGAAGCUGUUCCUACAAGCACAAUUGCAACUAUUCAUCCUCUUAGUCCAGAAAAUGAAUUACCUGCAAAGUAUAAUAAAUUUGAUAGUUUGAAACAGCAUUUUGAUGGAACUGCUCCAAUUAAUAUUAAUGUUUGGGCUGAUUCACCUACUCAUUUAACCCCUCAACAUGGUACUAGACUUUCCACAGAAGAUCUUGAAAGAUUAAAAUCAAUGAUGUCAGAAUUUUGUCUUAAAAGUUUAUUACCUUAUGUUGAAAGACAAAUAGGUUUGCUAAAUGAUCUCAUUUCUAAUAAGAAGGGGGUAAGUCGAUCUCUUUUUAGUGCAACAAAAAGAUGGUUUGGAACUAGCAAGCCAGGGGUCCCUGGAUCUGUUCCAGCAAAUGCUGUAAUAUAUACUACAGAAUCGCCAGAACUGCAAUUACGACGUCUAGGAGAUCUUUGUUUCAUGUUUGGUCAUUACUCACUUGCCUAUCAAGCGUAUCAUAACGCAAAGCGUGAUUUUGCAGCAGAUCAAGCAUGGAUAUACUACGCAGGGGCAUUAGAAAUGGCUGCCCUAAGUGCUUUUAUGAUGGAUGAAAUGAUUAAGAAAACUAUAGAAUAUAUGGAUGAUGCGAUAACGACUUAUUUAAAUACUUGUAAGAUGCCACAAUUUGCCACUAGAGCGACUUUACUAAGCGCUGAGUGUUUGAAAAAUAGAGGUCUAUAUGGAGAAGCGGCAAAACAAUUAAUACGAAUGACCAGUGAAGAUUCCGAUUUACGAUCAGCAUUGCUACUUGAACAGGCGGCAUACUGUUUCAUUUCUCCAAAAAUGGUAAGGAAGUAUGCUUUUCAUGCUGUAUUGGCUGGUCACAGAUUUUCCAAAGCUGGGCAAAAAAAACAUUCCCUGAGAUGUUAUAAGCAAGCAUACCAGGUUUAUAAUAACAAAGGCUGGACAUUGGCAGAAGAUCACAUCCAUUUUACUAUUGGUAGACAAGCUGCAUCUUUAAAACAAGUAGCAGAAGCUGUUCUCGUUUUUGAAAAGUUGUUGAAUGCUUCUAGUAAACAGCCUGCUCUUCAACAAGCAGCUUUUCUACGAGAAUUUGUAUACAUCCAUAGUUUGGCAAUCCAAGAAUCAAAAACACCUCAAACAGAUCUUCCCAUAUUACCACUACCUUUAGUUGAAGACAAUCAGAUUAAAGUAUUAUUAGGGCCUGUUAUUAAACCUGGCAAUAACAUUGAAUUAGUGAGUCAAAUCUUAUCAUUUAGCCAAGAUGCCGACGAUGUGCGGUGGUCAAAACUUGAAGAAAUUUUGUUGUCUAAAGCCCAAGGAACUCCACCAAUGAUUUUUAAGCCUACAGUUACAAUUUAUACUAAUUCCAGCAAUAAUGCAAGCAAGCCAAAUGCAGUUGUCAAUGAGCCAAUUUAUUUAUGUAUAAAUUUAUCAAAUCCUCUAUUGAUACCAUUACCACUUUCUAAUUUAAAAUUACUCUGGUCGUUCGACGACGAAGGAUGUAUUUUUAGUAAUGAAAGUUCAGAAGAAUAUGAAGAAAGUCUCGUUGAGACGCUUAAAAUUGAUUCAGUCAUGCUUCAACCUGCAUCAAAGCAAAGCAUUGUUUUAUCAUUAAAACCUAAAAAAAUUGGCCAAUUAAAAGUUUUAGGCUUAAGUUAUGAUUUAUCAAAUCCUGUCCCAGCAACAGAACAAAUUAAUUCAAGUCCAACUAAUUUUGUAUCUGGAAAGCGUUUAUUUCAAAUUCAAGGACCAAAAUUAAAGAACAUCAAAGAAAAACGUGGUAUUUCCCUCUAUGGCACCGAUUUGAGACUAGAUAUAAAUAUAGUAGACAAAGGACCGUUUAUGCAGAUUACAUUUACGCCUCUCACACAAGAAAUGUUAUGUGGAGAACUUCAAUGUAUGGAAGUCACUUUAAAAAACAUUGGUAAUGCACCGUUGAAAAAUAUUCAUUUGGGUUCUACUAAUCCAAAAUUAUUUGCAUUUACGAAUCAAGAACAAGACUUUAAAAAAGGACAAAUGAAAAAAACAGAUGAACUCGUCACUAAACUUAUAUUACCUCCCGAUAAAGAUGAUACCUUACAAGUCAGCGAUUCUUUCAAAAUGACUCUUUGGGUUUGUGCACCUCAUAAAAAGGGAAAUCAUCGAUUGGAUCUAUUAUUCUACUAUGAAAAUUCAGAAUUAAAAAGUACACCCAAGCACAGACUUAGUCGGCACAGCUGGCAUCUAACAGUUUUGGAUUCUAUUCAGUCUAGCGCUAUUGCUUGUAGAAGUGCGACAAGCAAAGAUAAUUUUUCAUUACUAAAUUUAAUAGUGCAUAUUAAAAAUUCGAAUCAAGUACAUGAUCCAUUUAUGAAUGAAAUUGAACUUAUUGAUAUGGCAUUUCAUAGUGACUCGUGGAUUUUAAUGAAAUCAGCAGAUUAUGCCAAUGUGAAAGUGCAACCUCAAGAAAUGAUACACUUCUUACUUAAACUUUCAAGAAAAAUCGGCGCGGUUUCAAAUUAUACUGAUGUGCCGUUAUUCAAAGAUAAUUCAGAGUCUCUGGAUAACAUACCUUAUAUGAAGUUUAUAAAAAAGCGACAUAUCAUACCGCUGGAUGCUAAUGAUACUCAAUCUGAUAAUCAACAGUCGCGAACCCAAAUUGAAAACGACCCAAUUGCUUCUACUAUGAAAUUAGAUUCUACUGUAAUACUCAGAUGGAAAGCUAAAGUUACAGAAGGCGGCGUGAUCAUUCGUAACGCAAUUGGUCAACAUUAUAUUGAUUUGCAUUAUCUAAAUAAACCUUACAAUUAUCCCACUGAAAAACAGGUAGAACCGAUUGAAUACUCUGGGCGUCUGAGAAUUUUUGGUCCGGAUAUUAAUAUACCAGAUUCUCGAACACUUGCAAAAAAAGAACAAUAUUCUGAAUUGGAAUGUCAAAAGAAUCUAGUGUGGUUCUAUUUAAAACAUUCGAAACAAUUGACUCAUGACUUUUCGGGAAAUCGAAUAUGUGUUGUACCAGUCAUUAUAAAUAUGCAGAAUAACUCUCAAACUAAUAUUUAUGUUAAAAUUGACUCUAUUGGAACUAGCAGUCAAAAUCUUUUGCCAAACAUAAAAACACAACUGUACUCUCCUCAAGCUUCGACGUCUUUUCGCUAUGCCGGACAAACAUCGAUUUUAUGCCAGUUGGAACCUUAUGGCCAAUGUGAACUACAGUUACAAGCUGUUCUUCCUACUUCGGGAACUUAUGAUCUGUCAUCAAGAUUAGAAGUUUCUGCAAGAAUUGAAAACAAAGUUGAAUACACAGUACAGAAAUGGCGCAUGGAAAGUGUCUGCAUCGUCAGCAAUACUUUGGCGUUAAAAAAUUGAAUAAGAUUAAAAAGUCGCGUAAAUAUUUUUGUUUAUUGUAUUUUAGUAUUAAUCUUACAUGUACAUAUUAUAAAGUGAACUAGAAAAAAAAAAAUUAUAGUUGAACAAUCAUAUUUAUUGCACUCAAAACAAGAAAGGAAAACAUAAAAAUCGUUUUCAUGAGUGUAGUAUGUAUAAAGUACAUAGUGUGGUGCCUUAAAUACCAUACAAAAUCUUGAUAACCAGUUCAGUUUCUGAUCACUAUCAGUGGGUUUAUAAAAGCCAGGUACUCUGAUUUUUUGAUAAUAAAUAUAACCUCACAGGAGCUCUAAGUUCUUGUGCAAAUGAAAAAUACUGCUGGGUAAAUAUUUAUAAAUUGGAGUAUUAAAUUAUUUGUGACAUUAUGGUGUAAGUAUGUAUUUAAAGAUUAUGCAGCAAAAUGGAGACUCUUUUUUGUAAAUAUAUUAGAAACAUUUAUUAUGUAUAAAAAAUUAAUUUUGUAAAUAUUAACAUUUAUGUAGUUGUUAUAAAUAUAUUAAAAUAAUUCAAA